GCAAGAUGGCGGCGCCUAUAGUGGAGUCGUGAUACAAGGAAACAGGUCAUUUACAGCGCAUUUAUAAGCUGGACAUGAAUAUUUUUAAGGCGGAUAGUUGUUUUUAUGCCAAUAAGACCACAGCACGGAAACAAAGGACCUGAAAGUAAAACAGUGACAGAAGCAUGCAGGUGUCAGUGAGAAGGCUGGCUCUGCACCCGCUAACUGUAGCCUGGUCAGGCCGAAUCAGGGCUCCUCUCCUGAGUCCAGUACCGUGCCUCUUGUCCCCCAGCACCCGCACCCUGUUCAGCGCGACAGGAGUGUGGGAGAAGGACUACCGGACAGACACCCGACGCAGGGUAGAAGAAUGGUGGCACCCACGAAUUAUGGCGCAGUGGCGAAAGGAUGCGCUGGAGCAGGGUUCCAACAGGAAGAAGUUUUAUGUCCUCUCCAUGUUCCCAUACCCGUCGGGGCGACUGCACAUGGGCCACGUGCGAGUGUAUACCAUCAGCGACACCAUCAGUCACUUCCAGAGAAUGAGAGGCCAUCAGGUGUUGAAUCCGAUGGGUUGGGAUGCUUUUGGACUCCCAGCUGAGAAUGCAGCUAUUGAGAGAGGUCUUGACCCAGAGGAUUGGACUAAAAGUAACAUCCAGUCCAUGCGGGAGCAGUUGGACAGCCUUGGCCUUUGCUUCAAUUGGGACCGGGAAGUGACCACCUGUCUGCCAGACUACUACAGGUGGACGCAGUAUCUGUUCAUCAAGCUCUUUGAAGCAGGACUGGCAUAUCAAAAAGAGGCUGUGGUAAACUGGGACCCUGUUGAUCAAACAGUGCUGGCUGAUGAGCAGGUGGAUGAAAACGGUCGCUCCUGGAGGUCUGGUGCUUUGGUGGAGCAGAAGCUGCUCACACAAUGGUUCAUCAAGACCACAAACUAUGCCAAGCCUCUCCUGGAAGCCCUGGCAGACCUUCCAGAGUGGUACGGGGUCAAAGCCAUGCAGGCAAACUGGAUUGGAGACUGCACGGGCUGCUACUUCGAUUUCAAACUCAAGGUGAACGGCGAAGAGACGGGGGAGACCCUGUCAGCCUACAGCUCCUCCCCAGAGACGGUGUUUGGAGCAGCCUACCUGGCCAUCCUGCCCUCCCACAGACUGCUGCACGGUAGUAGCUCAGUGCGCCCCGUCCUGGAGAAAGCCUUGCAGCCAGGCAGAGACUCCCUGACAGAGGUCACUGCUCGCAACCUGUUCACCGGCCGCGAGAUUCCCCUUGUCAUCUUGCACAAAGAGGCGUUUGAUGGCUAUCUGGACACUGUGAUUGGUGUCCCAGACUCUAGUGAGGAGGAUUUGUCUGUGGCCAGAGCUCUGAAUCUCCAGUGGACAACGGUGCUGAAAAGCAACCAAGACGAGGCACAAACUUUGAUCAACUCUGAUGAGUUCUCAGGCCUCACCAGAGAGGAGGCCUUUGACUCCAUUACCCAGAAGGCCAGAGAGCAGAAGGUUGGCGGCCACCUCACCAGCUCUAAGCUCAGGGACUGGCUGAUAUCAAGACAGCGAUACUGGGGCACACCCAUCCCUGUGGUGCACUGUGGGUCUUGUGGUCCAGUCGCAGUCCCUGAGGAGGAAUUACCUGUUACGUUACCAAAGCUGCCAUCUCUCACAGGAAAGGGGGCGUCGCCUCUGGAGGCUGCUCAUGACUGGGUCAACUGUAAAUGCCCCAGGUGUAAAGGCCCAGCGAGGAGGGAGACUGACACCAUGGACACAUUUGUGGACUCAGCCUGGUAUUACUUUAGGUACACAGACCCUCAUAACCCAGACAGGCCUUUUGAGCGCCACCUAGCAGAUCACUGGCUGCCUGUGGACGUGUACAUCGGAGGGAAGGAGCAUGCUGUCAUGCACCUGUACUACGCCCGCUUCCUCUGUCACUUCUGCAAGGACCAAGGUCUUGUGGCUCACAGGGAACCUUUUCGGAAGCUGCUGGUCCAGGGUCUGAUCAAGGGCCAGACUUUCAAACUAGCCAACAGUGGCCAGUACCUGAAGAGAGAAGAAAUUGAUUUCACAGAUAAGGAGCCAGUGGCGCUGGGAGGCGGUCGUAUCGAGGUGACGUGGGAGAAGAUGAGCAAGUCUAAACACAACGGUCUGGACCCCCAAGAGGUGGUGCAGCAGUAUGGCGUGGACACAGUUCGACUCUACAUCCUAUACGCUGCACCUCCCGAACAGGACAUCCUCUGGAAUGUCAAGACUGAUGCCCUCCCCGGAGUUCUGCGAUGGCAGUCUCGACUGUGGCAGCUGGUGACCAAGAUGAGAGGGGCUCGCCAACUCGGAGAUGUCCCCAGCCCCUCCCUGCUGAAGAAGAAGGAGCUGGCAGAGGCUAAGAAGAUCUGGGAGAGCAAGAACUUUGCUAUUCAAGAGGUGACAUCUCACUUCACAGAGGACUUCCUUUUCAACGCUGCCAUUUCUCGUCUGAUGGGAUUUACCAAUACACUGAAUAGUGCAACAGUCAGGGUGAUUCAGCACAGCGUGGAGUUUGAGGAGGCUCUGGCUGCGCUGGUGAUGAUGACAGCACCCAUGGCCCCCCACCUGGCUUCUGAACUUUGGGCAGGUCUCUGCCAGGUGAAAAACCCCCUCAGUCCCCUCCUUCAGCGAGGAGGAGACGUCCUGCAACAGUCCUGGCCGACUGUGGACCCGGAGUACCUGGAGGUCCCCGACUUUGUGGAGCUGUCUGUACUGAUAAACAACAAGGCCUGCGGAACAGUGACGGUGCCUCUGCAGGCGUCCAAAGACACAGAACGGGUGCAGCAGCUGAUCCUGGAGAGCCCACUCGGACUGAAGCACCUCGCCGAGCGCAGCAUCAAGAGAGCCAUCCUCUCCCCCAGGACCGCCCUCAUCAACUUCCUCAUUGAUGAGUGACGUUUGGGUGUUCACCACUGCUUUUUUUGUUUAACUGAAAGAUAGUCAUGGAUUCUUGUCAAUCAGUGAUUCAGGAUGGGGAAGACAGACAAAAGAGGUGGAUUUUUUUAAUAUGUCAAGCAGAAAGGAUGAAAGUUGGUUAAUGUUAAUUGUCAAAACUUAAAUGUAAAUAUGUCUAAAGACAUUUUAUUUAUAUUUUCCUGUUUUUAAUAAAAGACCUAAGGAGCA